AUGCCUAUUUCAAACGCGGAGCAAGCUUACGAGCUAGCGGAAACAGGUACCAUGGACGAUGGUCAGACAGAGGCUCAGCAGUCCCUCCUCCCACCUGGUCCAUCCAGCUCGAGGCCCUACGAUGACUUGCUCGACCCGACCGAGCGAUCACGAGUUCCCGCGUUGACCGUUGGCACGAUCUUCAUCGUCUUGACCGUCAUCAUGCUCUUCCUCAACCGAGCAGUCUUUGACCCCGAAGCGCUCGACUACCCCUACCCGUUCCUCAUGAGCUCCCUAGCGUCACUCUUUGCCCUCGCCAUUCUCGCAUGCAUCGGUCGAGUCACGCGACUGCUCGAGGGCCUACCAGCGCUGCAGCUCGGAUGGUCUCAUUUUGUACAGCUUUCGGCGCCAAUCGGCAUCUUUCAUGCUCUAGGCAUCGCCCUUGCCAGCAUCGCAUUUGCACACAUUGCGCCUGCAACAGUCCAAAUGCUAACCGCAUUCGUACCCCUCCUCGUCCUCGUUCUGACCAGUAACCUCGGUCUGCGCAACAUCUCGCGCCCAACGAUCAUCCUCGUCAUUGCAACAUGCGGCUUCGUUGGCCUCGCCAAUCUACAGCGCGGCGGCCCCUUUAACAUCUGGGCAAUGUUUGCGCUCGUCGGAUUCGUGCUCUCGAGCGCAGGCAAACUCGUCGCCGUCGAGCAGUGCUUGUCAGUUGUAUACAAUCCGGUGAUAGCUAUGUAUGUUGCGCUGCCAUCAACGCUAGUGGCGACACUGUUCUUUGUGCCAUUGCUCGAGGGGCGGGCCGCCUUUGCAGCGUUCUGGUCGCACAUCGGUCUCUUUGUACUGAUACCCUACGUAACUCUGGCUGCCCUGCACAUCGUCUCGCUUUUCUUCAUGGUGGCUUGGACGAGCGCACUCAGCACCGCCCUCUGUGCACUGGCUGUGGAGAUGAUCGUUAUGCUCUUUGGCGGUCUUUCGGGCGCGCAAAGCAGUGGCAUCCGAAUACUGGGCUACUUUGGCGCCAGCUUCGGGCUUGCCGCGUAUCUGGCCAGUCGAGGAAAAGUGGAAGAACUCCGCGAUGUUGUACUACGCAAGAGAGAUUCUCGGUAA